CAAAAUGCAAAGAAAUGGAUGGUGAGUGUUAGUGAUAGGAUUGAUAGGAAUUAGCCCUUGCCUAGGCAGUAAUGCUUCUGAAGUUUGCUCUUCAUUCGGUGGUCUAUACUGGUUUCACUCUUUAACAGGCUUUCGUACACCUAAAGCAAAACACUAAUUAUGCUAUUUUCUUUUUUCUGUAGGUCUUGUGCGUAAGGCUUUCAAUAAAAGGCUUUACUGUAUUUGAGGGAAAGGAAAAAAUGGAAGAAAAGUUUUUGGACACAUGUACAAUGUUAAUGACAGUGCAUGCCCUCAAGAAUUUCAUGUCUGGAGCUGGAGGAGGGAAUGAUAUUCAGUGGUGUUUUUCUCAGGUGAAAGGAGCAGUAGAUGAUGAUGUAGCAGAAGCAGAUAUAAUUUCUACAGUAGAAUUUAAUCAUUCUGGAGAAUUAUUAGCAACAGGAGACAAAGGUGGGAGAGUUGUCAUCUUUCAACAGGAGCAGGAGAACAAAAUCCAGUCUCAUAGCAGAGGAGAAUAUAAUGUUUACAGCACCUUUCAGAGCCAUGAACCAGAGUUUGACUACUUGAAAAGUUUAGAAAUAGAAGAAAAGAUCAACAAAAUUAGGUGGUUACCCCAAAAAAAUGCUGCUCAGUUUUUAUUGUCUACCAAUGAUAAAACAAUAAAAUUAUGGAAAAUCAGUGAAAGGGACAAAAGACCAGAAGGGUAUAACUUGAAAGAAGAAGAUGGAAGGUAUAGAGAUCCCACUACAGUUACUACACUACGUGUGCCAGUCUUUAGGCCCAUGGAUCUAAUGGUUGAAGCCAGUCCACGAAGAAUAUUUGCCAAUGCUCAUACAUAUCACAUCAAUUCAAUUUCUAUUAAUAGUGAUUAUGAAACAUAUUUAUCUGCAGAUGACUUGCGGAUUAAUCUUUGGCAUCUAGAAAUUACAGACAGAAGUUUUAAUAUUGUGGACAUUAAGCCUGCCAAUAUGGAAGAGCUCACAGAGGUGAUUACAGCAGCAGAAUUCCACCCAAACAGCUGUAACACGUUUGUAUACAGCAGCAGUAAAGGAACUAUUCGGUUAUGUGACAUGAGGGCCUCUGCCCUCUGUGAUAGGCAUUCUAAAUUGUUUGAAGAACCAGAAGAUCCCAGUAACAGGUCUUUUUUUUCUGAAAUCAUCUCCUCUAUUUCUGAUGUAAAAUUCAGCCAUAGUGGUCGAUAUAUGAUGACUAGAGACUAUUUGUCAGUCAAAAUUUGGGACUUAAAUAUGGAAAACAGGCCUGUGGAAACAUAUCAGGUACAUGAAUACCUCAGAAGUAAACUUUGUUCACUGUAUGAAAAUGACUGCAUAUUUGACAAGUUUGAAUGUUGUUGGAAUGGAUCAGACAGUGUUGUCAUGACCGGAUCUUACAAUAACUUCUUCAGAAUGUUUGACAGGAACACAAAGCGAGAUAUAACCCUUGAAGCAUCACGGGAAAACAAUAAACCCCGCACGGUUCUGAAGCCACGCAAAGUCUGUGCAAGUGGCAAACGAAAGAAGGAUGAAAUAAGUGUUGACAGCUUAGACUUCAACAAGAAAAUUCUUCAUACAGCCUGGCACCCCAAGGAAAAUAUCAUUGCUGUAGCUACUACAAACAAUCUGUAUAUAUUUCAAGACAAAGUGAAUUAGGGUUGGCAUUCCUAGCAGAAGAGCCCACUUCCUGCUUAGUUGAGAUAGUUGAAUCUAGCAUUCGUACCUAAAAAAGAGAGAGGUCCAUUGUGGUGCCCCUUUCCAGUGUUUGACUAUGUGCCAUUCGACAACAUAUUUUUAUAGCUACAUGGAGAAAGCUCUGUGGCUCCUUCACUGUGGUGUUCUCCAUGUCUGCUAGCCAUCUAGGUAAGGGUAGGGCACUUUUAAUUUAAAUGACUUCUUGCACCAUCUUGCCUAAUGGACUAGAUUGGACUAUAUCAACAUUGAUUUACUCCACUUUUUAUGCCUUCCAUUGUGAUGACGUCAAACACAGUGAAAGCCUUCAGUCAUGCUUAUGGGAUUUAAUUGUGUAUCCUCAUUACUGUAUCAUUUGUGGGGUACACCCCUCCCUCCUUUUUAAAAUUAAAUACAGCUCAUUCUUACUGUGGCUUGUAGCAUUCCUCCUCUUCUGGCUCCUGGACUCUCCCCUCUUCAUCUCUUACCCCUGUCCCUGCCACCCAGUCUCGGUGGUGGUCAUGUUAAAAAGAACGAACGUAAGCACACAAUGAGUCAGUUUGGGGUCAGUGGUAAAGGGGAUAUAUGUUGCGAACAAAUGUUUUAAUAACAGUUGGCUGUAAUCACUCCUUGCCAUGUCUGGCACUGAAAAUAAGGAAAAAAAACUACUACUGAAUAAAAGUGACAAAGAAUGGAGAAUCUGGUUUUCUUUUUCUUUUUAAUCUACCUCUUUAAGCCAAUAUUUUUGUGUUAUGCUUUUGGGCACAGUAAAAUGAGUUUCCAAUGUUUUAUUGGUAUUUUUGUUAUUUUUUUAAGUCGCCUUUUACAUUGAGAAGGAAAGGUAUUGGUUCUGUAUGAACAUGUUUUGAAACUUACAGUGGUAUUACUAAAGAUUUCAAUCUAAAUGCUACUAGAUUCUUUUUUUUUACUGUAGCUAGAGGGUGUUGGAUACAUUGUAUCUACACUUGACUCGUCUAUUAACUAAACUUGUAAAAGAGAAUCAAAUUUUUAAAGAUUUCUUUUUACAGUGCUUAAUUUCAUUUUGCCUUACUGAUAUCACUAAGUCAAAGACUUAAAAUUUUUUCAUAACAAGUUAAAAGUUUUUUAUCAUUUAAUCAUAACAUAAAACUAACCUCAAGUUCUUUACAUAUUUAAAACUGACUGCACUAAAUAUCUUUGGGAGUAUUUUAAAGCUAACAAAUCUGAAUAAAAUUGUACUUUUGCCAUAGAUGUCUUCUAUUUUGGUUUUCCAAAGCUAUUAUUAAAGACAACUUUAAAGGUACAGUGUUCGAAAGUGCUUAAUGAACUCACAACAGCUGCCUCAAUAUAAAUUUAGUGAUCUGUACAUGACAACAUUUUCUGAAGUGAUGAGACUUUAUCCAAAGAUGAAGAUUGUCCCUAUUUUUAAUAGGUCGAAUGUACCUUUGUCAGUCUUACAGAAGCUUUAAUGGAGAAAAAGGAAUUUAUUUUUAAGAGAAACUGAGUAGGUAUUUAAUUAACUUAUUAAGGAACGGUAGUAUGUUUCGGUUGAACAGUAAUACAACUUUGAAUUUUAGAGAAAUGAGUGGUUCUUACAUGCCCACUGCUUUUGUUUUAUUAUCAGUGGAAAAUGAUCAAACGAUUUCCCUCUCCACUAAUAUGUCUUGUAAGUUAACAUUUUUAGCUCACAGGACAAGUUUUAUGUAAUAAAAUUACUGUAUCUCUUGUACUCAACAAA